UGACACAGUGGAUGACGUAAUCAAGCUAAACCAUCGCUGGAAAUUCAUAAUGUACGCAUUUCUCUCAUAUUCACUGAAGAGCAGGCUCAUUCGGAUAGAACUUCAAUUUUUACUCUUAAUUUUGUUUUGAGUGGCGUCCGAAGCGCCAAAAUGGUCGACAAGUUCGCUUAAAAGUGCUCGUGACAUUUUAAUGCUCACUCACAAGGGUCGCUAUUUUUAGACGUUCAGUGAUGGUGUUUUUGACGCGGAGGACUCGAUAAUUUGGGAACAUUUUGUGAUGACCAGUCGGCCGCCGUCAAAUCAUGCACUGAUUGAUUUUGCAUCCAUGAAAAAUAGUCGAUGACUUUAGACUCGUUUGCAGCGUAGAUAGCAGGACAUCGUGACUGAAAUUGUCAACGAGUUUUUGUGCCGCCACCAUGUUGGAUACGCAGAUCAAUGUACCCCAUGGGCGGGAGGCUGGCAAGGCAAAUGAAGGUCAUGAGCGGAUCGGUGGGGCAUGUUUAUACUGCGUGGCUCAGAUCCAACCUCUGGCCAAAUCCAGCACCAAAUGUAAUCGUGAUUGGAACUCGACGUCGGAUUCGAAGCUUACCGACGACGACGACGAUGAUGACGAUGACACGAAUUUCGUGUCCCAAGAAAUAAAAUUGCAAUCAGAGUUAACAUCAGCUCAGUAUACGAUAUCGAUGCUCAGAAAAAAGAUAGCUGAAUUGAAUAAAAGGAGUCUAAACAUGAUUCCUCUCAAGGUCCAUGAGGAAAUGAUCCAGAAGUCAGACGAUCGAGCGCUUCGCGCUGAAAGAAAAGUAUCUGUCCUUGAACAGGAGGUGAAGAAAUUACGAGCGCAGCUGAAAAAUCAAACCCCAGCUCCAAUCUGCACCUCGUCUACGAUGCCCCCUAUCUGCGAAUCUCCUAGCGAAGGAUAUGAAGAACCCCACCGAAGUCGCCGUGAUGAGAUAUACAAACCGCAUCAUGUUAAUACGAGGUUCCAAGCGGUUGGGGUUAUGCCAUCAGUAACGACGCCCUCUACGAGAGAACCCACAAAGAAAGCCAGUGACCACCCCAAGAUUAGAAAGGACCAUACCAAUGACCUGGGUCGUCAUGGCACAACUGGAAAGCACACUCUUGUUCUUGCUAACGGACAUACGAACAUCCCUGGUCGCGAGCAGCCACCGCCGCGGACAUUACCGACUACAAAUUUUGCACGCGGUGUCAGUGUCAUGCCUUCGGUGGUUCCUCAGCCAGUAAUCUCAUCCGUUACGACCGUCAAGUCGGCAACGAAGAACAGCCACUUUGAGGAAUAUCCUGAAAUGCAUGUGUUCUCUGGCUCCAAGACUCUCGGGCGCAAUGCGAGUCAGUCCGCGAAGACAUUCCGCAAAAACAUCGGUACUGUUCACUACACCGCAGCUACAAGUAAGCUAGAGCGUUUGGCCGGACAACCAAAGGCUCGCCGAAGACCAAGUGUUCAUUCCCUGGUGACGCAAUCAAUCGUGAACCUUGAUGAUCAGCGAGAACGUGAACUAAUGGAGGAUGCAGAGCGGAGAGAGGCCGAGGAGAAGGAAAGACUCGAACGGGAACGUGUUGCCAUCCUGAACAAUGAAAACAAGGCAACCAAACAAACUGGAAAGUUCAGGAAGACCACAAAGGCUUCCAAGUUCUUUCUUUCUCGCAAACACACCUCGAAACCAAAGUCUGGGACACAGAAAUCCCUGUUGAGUCGGAUGCACACCAAGUUCUUCACCUCGCGCAGGAAGUCCCUGAGGCACAUCUAUGACCUACCGGAAGUGUCCUCUCUGGAAUCGUGUAGCUUGACCUCGGAUUACGAGACGCCUUCACAGAAGAUGCAGAACUUCGCAGCCACUCCUCUGAUCUGUCCGACCUCGGAUACUAAGAAACGACCCAAACCGCGGGUAUAUCCGCGAGUAAAGACACUCAAAAAGACCGGGAGCGUCAGACGAAAACCGAGAUCGAAGCGGACUUUUCCAACCGUUGGUCACGACCAUGAAAGCGAGGACAGCGAUUGGUCAUCGAGCGAGGACGGUGUGACGUCACGACUGAACAAAGCGAGGCAGGAAAGAAGAUCGGCUGGGAAAUCAAGGGAUAGACAUAAGCCAAAACAAAAGGCGACCCCUCCUCCUAUUGCGCCGAAACCGAAGAAAAGAAACAACCCGAGUCCUAGCGGAUCCAGCAAUCCGCCAUCAUCACCGGAUACUACAUCGCCGGAUACCACACCGGAAAUCUCAUUUGAUGACAUUGUUGUUGAACCGCCGCAGUUGAAAAUAUACAAGCGGAUACAAGGACCGCCGGGAAGGAGGAAACCGCAGCGGUUCUCGAACCAGUCCGAAGUCCGACAAUCCGAACUGCAGAGGGAGUCCGAUCUGUGGCGAUGACGCUAUGAUCACGUGAUGCCGUAUAGAAGCGGAGAAAAUUGACUUCUUUCGUUUGGAAUAAGAUUACAUUUUGCCUUGUUUUGAAGACGAAAAAAAAAUAUCGGGCGUUGUAGUACGUGUUGAAAGCUGUCACACUGCUUGGAAUUAGUUUGUCACGUGGAACCACGUCAUAAUUCGCGGUGCUUUUUGCUGAACAGUGCUUACCUUGCAAUAAUUUGCAAAACGUACAGAUGACUAUGAAGAGUAAAUACUGUAGAAAAGUUCGAUCUAUUUUAUAUGUUUUGCUCGUAUCAAUGCUUCACUAACGGAUUAUUGCCUUUGAAUAUUGAAAGAAAAUAUAUUAUUUUCAUAAAUACAUAUUAUAGCCUAUGCGCAACGAUGCCUUUGAAGAAUAUAUAAUAGGAGCUGUUUUUUAUGUUAAGGAUUUUCUAAACCGUAAAUCACCGAUUGAACCAUUGAUUAGUUACUACUGCCUUGUAAUUUCUUUGACAAAUUGCAUUUUAUUCUUGUUCUUACUCUUUAAAGAUGCCAACUUCACAUAAUAUUUCAUAGGAAAUUUUGCAUGUAUCACUUCAGUUUACGUAAGAUUAUAUUAACAAUAUAGAAACAAAUCAAGAUUUGUUGGGGUUUUUUGCAGUGAAUAGAAACAGAUAAAUGGUUUCUUUUCUGCAUGAAAAUUAUGUCUUUUUUCUGUUAUCAUUCCACAAUGAAGUGGUAAUGUACCUUUUCACCUUUAUCUUAUGGCAAUUAUUUGAUUGCUACAGUCAGCAGUUACUCGAAAGGUGAUCAUUAACCAUAGCUAUAGAAGUAACUGUAGAGCCAGGAAGCUAACCGAAGGAUUAGAACCGGUUAGGCGAACCGACGAAAUCCAAACCUACAUAAUUAAACAUAAUGAAAACCAAUAUUUAUAUUGCUUAGAUAGAUGGCAACUAAGACCAGAGUAAGAAGAAUGUAUAAAUGUUAUUGUAGAGCCGAAAAUGAAACCGAAUAACGCAAAAGGAAAUCCAUGUAAUAAAAACCGACGUAGCUGAACCGGUAAAAUCAAAAUCGUUAUCAUUAACUCUGUAUAACCGGGAAAUACUGACGGAAGGAAAACCGGUGAAAAAAUGCGAUGUAAUCAAUACCGAUAUAAGUGAACCGAUAAAUAUACUAAGCAAAAUCCAGUAGGCAAACGGAUUUAAGAAGGUGAUGGUCAUCUGAGUCAAUUAAGUAACCGAAGGGGUGGUAACUAACGAAGAAAACCGAAGAAAUCGAAACCGAAUCGAUAACACCAUUGAUAGCAUCAAUGUAGGCAAACGGAUCGGUUAAGAGUUUUGGGCACCGGAGCCGAGUAAGAAACCGAAGUGGGCAACCUGGUGAUUGAAACGGGUAAUUGAAGUGAUGUCGGACACAAUCCGGGUCAUGCCGUGGACAAAGUACUUUGAAAAUGAUGCAUGGAGUGGCCACUACGAUGAAGGUAGUUUGUCGGGGGCGAAAACCGAUUAUGAGAAACCGACGGAUGAAACUCUCGGAUCCAUCCAGAUUCCUUACGAUGCCGCAUUCCAUGAUCUUGGUGUCCGUGACAUUAUUCAGAUAGAAUACCAUCGGAUCGGUCCAUGGUUUAGUGAACAGCAGGGAGCAAUGCAAUACAGAUUUACUUUGAGUCCCUCCGCUGCCGCACACCAUGAUGGUGAUAUCCUCCAUCUGGCCAUGGUUCAUUGGUGACAGAAGGUGCUGAUGCAACCCAGGUCCAUCUACAGUCGCUAUCGUCGGUUCAGUCCAUGCAUGGUUCAGUUAACAGGUAGCAAUGCAACCCAAAACCAUCCCUACGCUGCCGCACUACGCGAUGGUGGUUUCCAUGACUUUAUUCUGACAGGACAUCGUCGGAUCUGUCCAUGGUUCAGUGAACAGGUAUCGAGCAAUGCAACCCGGAUCUGUCUCCAUUCCCUACGGUACCGCACCCCAUGUUAAUGGUAUCCAAGAUAUCAUUACGAUAAGAAUAUACCAUCAGACCUGUCCAUGGUUCAGUGAACAGAAUGUGACCAUGCCAACUCAUUUAAAGUCCCAACGCUACCGCACUCCGGAACGGUGGUUCCACGGCAUUAUUACGACAGAAAGUCGUCGGAUCUCUGUCCACUGCUCAGCGUUGGCAGAACGCAAGGUGGCAAAGCAACCCAGAUCCAGUGUGAAGGGGUCCGAGAUCAUCAUUGCGAGACAUCGAGUGGGCCUGUUAAUCGAUUCAGUUCUGUCCCUGUCAAGGAAUGCCCGUGCUAUUUGGUAACAGUCCGAACAUCCAACCCACACAGCGGAAAAGAAAUUUAUUUCAAUAAUGUGAUGAAUUUGUUUUACGUUAAAUUGAUCUGCAUUCACUGAAGGUGGGCGAAUAUCCCUGGGGUUGGGCGAUAAAGGAAUAGUGCACCAAUUCGACGAACGUGUAACUUUUAUACCCGUAAUUUCAAUUUGGACCUCUACAAAAUAUAAGUGGAUGCGUAAUAAGUUUUGAAGUAGACCGAAAAAAUCCUUACUUUAUUUUAUGUAAUGUGUUAUUAAGAAUUAUCUUUAAUUAUGUAUCUGUGCACUUUAAUAUUUAUAUACUAUGUAACUUCUUUACUUUAUUCAUUGUUUUUACGUACGCAUUUAAAUCUAUAUUCUCUUUUGGUAUCAAUAAUUGACGAGAUUCAUUCUUAUAUUUUCAUGAAAUUUGUUACUUUGCUUAACAAGAAACAUCCAAGGUGCUUAAGGAGGUGUAGCUCUGUUAUCGUAGCAAUUGCUUGUGUCUCAUUUGAAUAUUUUGCUGAUUUACCCCUCCUUGCAUUGAUAGUCCGGUGUUUGAUGGUCUGUUGUUAUCGGUUACAAGUUUCGUUGUGGAUUAUUAUUUUCGCCAGUGUGUGGGUUUAGUGACUAAUGUUUGGCUUGUGCCACAAAGUAAUGCAGUUCUCAUAUAGUGUAAUAUUAUUUUCGUUGUGAAUUUAUUUAUUGUUUUCAUUGACUUGUGCCACAAAUUCAGAUUUCAUAUACUUUAAUAAUAGAUCGUUCAUAAUUAUCAAUGGUCAAUUUAACAAUAUUGAAGUAAUGUUAGCAUUGUGUCUUACGUGAUGUGACUUAAGUACUUGUGGUAUUAUAGAGGAUGGCGAGCUUUUGCCAUAAUUGCGCUACUAAAGGGGAUUUUAAAUUGAUACUCUGGGCUGAAAACUAUGAUUUGAAUAAGCUAAAUAAAAUAGGACAAACUAAAUACUGACAAUUUCAUCAAAAUCCUACAAGGAAUAACAAAGUAAUGACAUCUUAAAUUUUACCUUUUUAGGCCUACAAUUAAACAGUUUUUUGCCCAUCUCCAUGAAAGAUGUAUUGCUGCAACCUAUCCUAUUUCUAAGAAAGGGGAUACACAAUCACAUUAUAUAUGAAACUAUGAAAUAACUAUGAUUCCAUUUAUAAAUAACAUAAAAAGAUUGAAAGUAGAGACAUCUGUGACGGUAACUGUUCCACAAAAUAUUGUCAAACACUAAUAGCAUGAAUAAAGUUUCAUGCCUUCGUUAUUGAUUAUCAGAAUUUGAUUUUCGAAAUUCUUAGCGUUUUUCUCGGUUAAUUAUUCGAUUUAUGAGAUCUCAUUAUUUCUACCCCAAGUGCCCUGUGGAUGAGGACCUCCGACUUGCUCCCAAUAAUCGUAAGAGGGCGACAUUCAUGGAAUUGUGUU